UAUCAUUUAUUUGUAAUCUUAAAAAGCUUUGAGACAUUUAAAUUCAAAAAUCCACGAGCGAUUUGUCCAAACAGCUAUGUUUUCAAAGUGGUUUUCGUGGGAGAUUCAGCAGUUGGUAAAACAAGCUUUCUGCAGAGACUUUGCUACAAUCAGUUCAAACCCGUGUUUAAUGCCACUAUUGGAGUUGAUUAUACCGUAAAAACAUUUCAUCUGGAUCAUUGUGUAGUAGCCCUUCAAUUAUGGGACACUGCUGGACAAGAGAGAUUUCGAAGCAUAACUAAGCAGUACUUUCGUAGAGCUGAUGGUGUCAUAUUAAUGUUUGAUGUGACUUCUGAGCAAUCCUUUUUAAAUGUCAGAAAUUGGAUAACAUCUGUGAAGGCUGAUGUAGAAGAAACUUGCAUGUUGUGCUUGGUUGGAAACAAAAGUAAUUUGUGUGAAAUUUUUUCGAUCUUACAGGAAUUCGAUAUGUCGUUUUUUGAAACGAGUGCAUGUACAGGGUUCGGUGUAGAAGAAUGUAUGCGAGCCAUAGCUAUGUAA